AUGAAUUGGCUCGGCCUCCUCGUCCUGCUGACCAUGGCCGGGCUGUCGCAUGGGACAUGGGACAACUGCGGAGGGGUUUGUGGGCUCCGACCCAUGGUGUAUGAGUAUGAGUACCUGGAUCAUGACAGCGGUACUACACGUGUCGUGGGUGGUGCAGAUGCCAAGCCAGGGGCCUGGCCCUGGAUCGUCAGCCUUAAACAUCCUGCAAUACCAGGCACAAGACACCUGUGUGGAGGCUCUCUCAUCACUGCAGAGUGGGUUCUCACAGCAGCCCACUGCUUUGACCCCGUCAGGAAAAUUGGCGUGGUGUAUCUGGUGAUUGGCGCCACUCAGUUGACUAAGCCAGGACCUGGAGCACAACUGAGACGGAUUAAGAAGUUAAUACGUCAUGAAAACUAUAAUCCAAGUGACAAAAGUAAUGACAUUGCCUUGCUGAAACUGAACAAGCCUGUUGACUGCAACCCCUACGUCCAGGUGGCCUGUGUGGCUGACCCCGUCCUAAGCCUGUCAGAGCUGCAAAACUGCUGGGUGGCCGGCUGGGGUGCCACUGCUGCAAGAGCUCAAAACUCAAGUGAUGUCCUGCAAGAGGCCAAGGUCCAGCUCAUCGAUCUCCAGCUCUGCAACAGCACUGGCUGGUACGCAGGGAAGGUCCACACCCACAAUGUGUGUGCUGGUUACCCACAGGGCCGCAUCGACACCUGCCAGGGUGACAGUGGUGGUCCUCUCAUGUGCCAGGAGAAAGACAGCGACUUCUUCUGGGUUGUUGGAGUGACCAGCUGGGGAAGAGGCUGUGCCAGAGCAAAGCGGCCUGGAAUCUACACCUCCACUCAGUACUUCUAUGACUGGAUUCUGGCCCAUAUGGAUGCAGAGAACGUUUAA